CGAGUAAUGCGGCGUCACUGGUGCCUGAGGAGGGCGGAGAGUUCUGUGGUGAAGCCGGGGGUGGGAUUCAUGUAGGCACCAGCGAGAGCCUUGGUCUGAACUAUAAAGUGGGAAGUUGAUGCUGGGUACUGCUACACCCGGACCGGCGGUGUGCAAGUUGUGAUAUCAUCGUCGAAGCAUCAGCUCUGAAAUUUAAAGACAAUGGAGAAAACUCAAGAAACGGUCCAAAGAAUUCUUCUAGAACCCUACAAGUACUUACUUCAGUUACCAGGUAAACAAGUGAGAACCAAACUUUCACAGGCAUUUAAUCAUUGGCUAAAAGUUCCAGAAGACAAGCUACAGAUUAUCAUUGAAGUGACAGAAAUGUUACAUAAUGCCAGUUUACUCAUCGAUGAUAUUGAAGACAACUCAAAACUCCGACGCGGCUUUCCAGUGGCGCACAGCAUCUAUGGAAUUCCAUCUGUCAUCAAUUCUGCCAAUUAUGUGUAUUUUCUUGGCCUAGAAAAAGUCUUAACCCUUGAUCACCCAGAUGCAGUAAAGCUUUUUACCCGCCAGCUUUUGGAACUCCAUCAGGGACAAGGCCUAGAUAUUUAUUGGAGGGAUAAUUAUACCUGUCCCACUGAAGAAGAAUAUAAAGCCAUGGUGCUGCAAAAGACAGGUGGACUAUUUGGAUUAGCAGUAGGUCUCAUGCAGUUGUUCUCUGAUUACAAAGAAGAUUUAAAGCCACUGCUUAAUACGCUUGGGCUCUUUUUUCAAAUUAGGGAUGAUUAUGCUAAUCUACACUCCAAAGAAUAUAGUGAAAACAAAAGCUUUUGUGAAGAUCUAACGGAGGGAAAGUUCUCAUUCCCUACCAUUCAUGCUAUUUGGUCAAGGCCUGAAAGCAGCCAGGUGCAGAAUAUCUUGCGCCAGAGAACUGAAAACAUAGAUAUUAAAAAAUACUGUGUACAUUAUCUUGAGAAUGUGGGUUCUUUUGAAUACACUCGGAAUACUCUUAAAGAGCUUGAAUCUAAAGCCUAUAAACAAAUUGAUGCAUGUGGUGGGAACCCUGAGCUAGUAGCUCUAAUAAAGCACUUAAGUAAAAUGUUCAAAGAAGAGAAUUAAUAAUAUUAAGCCAUUCUUGAUUAGGCCUGAUAGCUUAUUUUAGUUGAUUUUUUUUUUUUUGGCUUUUAGCCUAUCACCUUUUUAAAAAUUUGGACCAAUCUGUUAGUCUCCAAAAACUGAGUGAAUAGGGGUGAUGUGAGUAAGAUUUUUUCAGUUUAAAGCCCCUCUGUACAGAUAAUCAUUGCAGUACAUACUUGAAGGAAUUAAAGGGAGCUACAUUUAAAUAGGUCUAAUUGAAUGUCAGAAUGUGCUGUAUUGGGACUUUGUGGCCAACUCUGCCAUGAAUGUUGUGUUGAUUCUGUCAAUAAAGAAGAAUUCAGCUUCCA